AUGUCCGAAAAGCAUACAGAUGCACAGAAGGAGUACCAGAGAUUGGUGGCGCUUAAGUCCUCUGGCACAUAUGUUCCUCCAGCCAAACUGCGAACUGUUUUGGCCCAAAUCAACGUAUCGAAGGAUUCAGAAGAGUACCAGAAACUUCAGUGGGAAGCAUUGAGAAAAUCAAUCAGCGGACUUGUGAAUAAAGUCAGUGCUUCUAAUAUCAAAACGAUUGUGGUGGACUUGUUUAAAUUGAAUUUGCAGAGAGGAAGGGCAAUAUUUGUUAGGGCAAUAUUGAGAGCUCAGAUUGCGUCUCCUACUAUGACUCGAGUAUAUGCUGCUUUAGUUGCGAUAGUGAAUUCGAAAAUUCCUGAAAUUGGCGAGUUGAUGCUGGCGAGGUUGAUUCUGCAGUUCAGAAGUGGCUACAAGAGAAAAGACAAACAGCAAGUGCUAGCCACUACCACACUGAUUGCUCAUCUGGUGAACUACCGAGUUAGCCACGAAAUUGUGGCUCUCCAGGUAUUGCACUUUUUGUUAGAAUCGUCCAGUGAUGACGCGGUGGAGAUUUCUGUGAAUCUAAUGACAGAAGUUGGGGCCACUUUGACUGAGACAAGUUCUCGGGCUUGCGGUGUGAUACUGGAGAGGUUUCGAGUAGUGCUUCAGGAAGGUAUGGUGAACAAGCGUGUGCAGCACUUGAUACAAGUGUUGUUUCAGGAGAGGCGAGAGGAAUUCAAAGAUCAUCCUUCUGUGGUAAAGGAGCUGGACUUGGUGGAGGAAGAAGACCAGACCACGCAUCUCGUUGGGUUAGACGAUGAGCUAGAUGCCAAUGCUGGGUUGGAUGAAUACAAGUUUGAUGCAGACUACGAGGAGAACGAAAAGAAGUAUAACAGAUUAAAACAUGAUAUUUUGGGGUCAGACGAUGAGGAUGACCAAUCUGGCUCCGAAUCUGGCUCCGAAUCCGACUCUGAGUCUGGUUCCGCUUCUGAGUCCGAGUCUGAGUCUGAGUCAGAUGAAGAUAAGGACGAUAAGGUCAAGAUGGAGAUCACCGAUCUCACUGCUGCUGAUUUAGCAAACUUUCAGAAAAUGGUGUACUUGACCAUAAUGUCGAGUAUGUCUCACGAAGAAGUUGUGCACAAGUUGCUGAAGCUGAAACCACUUGAUGAGAACAGAAAGGAGUAUAUGAUGGUGGAUAUGGUCGCUAAAUGUUGCUCACAGGAAAAAACUUAUUCGAAAUACUACGGUCUCAUUGGAGAAAAUUUGGCAAGGUUAGGCAAACGUUGGGACUUGGCCUUCCGCGAGUGUUUCCAGGAGUAUUAUGGCAACGCACACAGACUAGAGAACAACCCUCUGCGAAACGUUUCCAUGUUCUGGGGUCACAUGUUUGCCAGUGAUACCGUUGGAUGGGAGGCGUUGGCUUGUGUGAAGAUUACAGAUGAAGAUACAACUUCUGCUGGCAGAAUUUUUCUGAAAUUCAUGUUUGAAAAGAUGAGGCAGGAGCUGGGUUUGGAAAAGAUGCUGGUUCGUAUCAAGGAGCCAUACAUUCGCCCGUUUUUAAAAGGAUGUUUUUACCCAGAGAAGGAAGACGAUUUGAGAUACUCGAUCAAUUUCUUCACAGCCAUCAAGCUCGGUGCGUUGACAGAAGACAUGAGAGAGACGCUUAACAACCUCCCGGAAGCUAUUGAAGAGACUGAAUCAAGAGGGAGAUCACGCUCCAGAAGUGGAUCAUUUACAGGUUCUAACUCUUCUUACUCACACUCGUCAUCUCGGUCCGGGUCUUAUUCACGAUCGAGGUCAGCCUCGUAUUCGCGGUCACCAUCUCCAAGACCAAAAAAAUCAAGAUCCGGUUCAAGAUCUGGUUCACGAUCGACUUCAAGAUCGAGAUCAUACUCUCGUUCAAGGUCGCCUACAUCUCGCAGGCCUGAACUACCGCCGCAUCUCAGAGACCAAAAAGAUGCAUUUGAAGAGUACAGCAGAAACCGCGAGAGAUCGCCGCCUAGAAGAAAUUUUAGCAAAAGCGGCCGUGGAAGAGGAAAUUUCAACCCUCGCGCCAGAAGAUAA